AUGAACGGAGUCGGUUGCUGUUGCCUAUCGCGAGGAGACUCCAAAGAAGCCAUAGUGUGGUAUGAGAAAUCUUACCAAAUGCUGCAACAACCAUCUUCUUCACCUAGACGAGUCGACAUCUUUUCCUCAACGCUAAAUGGCCUUGCUGGCGCAUAUCGAACAGAGGGAAAAUACAACGAGGCAAGAAAGACAUAUGAAGAGUCGCUCGACUUGAAAAGGCGACGCGAUGAUGGGAGUCCAGUGGGAAUGUCGACGACUCUCAUCAACCUUGGUUCCUGCUACAGAGAGAGCGGAAAACUUGAGAAAAGUUUGAGUUUAAUGGAAGAGGGAGUCGCAAUCAGUCGAUCAUACUAUUCAUCUUCUCAUCCCUCUUUGGCACUUGCUAUAUCUCAACUGUCCUAUACGUACGAUUUACUUGACCGAGGAGAUGAAGCUUGGAAAUUGGCAAGAGAAGCGUUGGAUAUUGCAAGCGUAUCAUUACCGUCAUCACAUUCUCAAUUGGCCAUGUAUAUGAACAAUUUGGGAAACUGUUGUCGAUCACGAGGAAACUACGAUGAAGCCAUCUCGUGGCAUGAGAAAGCUAGGCAAUUGCUGCAACAGCAACCUCAAUCACAUCGACGAGACAAAAACAUUGUUACAAAUUUGUAUUACUUGUCUCUCGACCAUGACGAGAAUGGAUGUUAUGAAGAAGCUAUAAAGUUGUGUUUGGAAGAAAUAGAAAUGCAACAGGAAAGCCAUUUUCCAAAUCCUCUUAAUAUCGCAUUUGGCAAAUAUGAUAAGGUUAGGUUGGUGUGA